AUGUCGACGCUACAAAAUAGCUACGGUCCAGAGGCAGCGCCAUACCAGACGGUACACCAACAGCCUCUGGAGUACGAUGCUCGAGGCGAGGGCGCGAAGCUGGAAUACGCCGCGCAACCCCCCGAAGUAGUACCAACACAGGCUGUCUCAAAGGAGACACCAAAUGCAGAUGUCGAACCCAAACGGAAGAUCUUGGGCAUGCGAGUAGCUGUGUUUUGGACAGCCCUCGUGAUAAUCAUCCUCGUCGUCCUCGGAAUUGGCAUCGGCAUCGGUCUCGGGGUCGGACUGAAGCGCAACAACGACAACAACCCAGACUCCUCGCCUCAAACAACAUCCUCUUCGUCUAUGUCGCAGACAAUGACCUCCGAUACAACGACUCAAUCUUCCACACGCACAAGCACGACAUCAGCUUCCACAGCCGUCGUCACGUCCGGAACACAUGGCAUGGCCGCAAAUAGCUGCACCUUUACCGCCCCGAAAACGUACCAAGCCUCCGGUGGUUCAACGUUCACACAAUACUGCUUCACCGACUGGCCGAAUGGGGUAGAUGCUGCCGAUGGCUCUGGGCCGAUAAAAGACUUGAGGCGAUACACCGUGUACACAUUUGAGGAUUGCAUGGAACAGUGCCUCAAGUAUAACAAGAACCUGCCUUCAUCUGGCACCAAGUGCGCUGCGGUUACUUAUAACUCCAACUUGACGAGUAUCAUUGAGGUUGGCAAGCAAGGCGGCAACUGUUUUUUGAAGAACAAGAAGGGAGAGGACCGACAGGGGAGCGCGGAGUCAGCUUGUGCGGCAUUGGUAUUUUGA